GGGAGCCAAAUUAUCGCGCCUCCCCCCUCUUUCGUUUUUGCUCUUCUCGGCGCCGCCCCUGUCUACUCCACUUUCGACUUCGGACGCCCUCCCACCGUCGCUUUGAUCGACUUCGCCGUCGUCCUCUGCGUCUUCAGAUUUCUCAUACUGCCGAUAUUCUGGGACUUGGAAGCAACAAGCCUUCAAUUUCCUCUUCUGGUUUAGGCUUUGAAGCCUUCAAUUUCUGAUACGCUAUGAGUAUCGGAGCUUGCGCAGAGCUUUCGUGUUGCUUUGCUGGUGUUGCUAUCAGAGCACGGUCUAACAAGCACAGUGGGAGCUGUCAAUGCAUAAGUAGCCACAAUGGAAUUGACGAAGAAUUGAGAAUUAGAUCAAUUGGUUCUUGCAGUCGCCUAAAACCUGUGUUGAGGAACAGUGUUGUAGCAGGUGUUUUGAACAAUAACCAAGGUCUUACAUAUAAGGAUGCUGGCGUUGAUAUUGAUGCUGGUUCAGAACUUGUCCGAAGAAUAGCAAGAAUGGCACCUGGAAUUGGAGGCUUUGGUGGUCUCUUCCCUCUUGGUGAUUCAUAUCUUGUUGCUGGUACCGAUGGUGUGGGCACUAAAGUGAUGCUUGCUUUUGAAACUGGAAUUCAUGUUACCAUUGGUAUUGAUUUGGUUGCAAUGAGCGUCAAUGACAUUGUUACUUCUGGUGCAAAGCCGCUAUUUUUUCUUGAUUACUUUGCCACAGGCCACCUUGAUGUCGAUGUUGCUGAAAAGGUGAUAAAAGGAAUUGUUGAUGGUUGCCAGCAAUCUGACUGCGUGCUCUUGGGAGGAGAGACUGCAGAGAUGCCUGGUCUCUAUAAAAAAGGCGAGUAUGAUCUUAGUGGCUGCGCAGUUGGCAUUGUGAAAAAGGACUCUGUGAUCAAUGGGAAGAACAUAGUUGCUGGUGAUGUUCUCAUUGGUCUUCCAUCUAGUGGAGUACAUUCUAAUGGUUUUUCUCUUGUACGGAGGGUGCUUGCUCAAAGUGGUCUUUCUUUGCAAGAUCAGCUUCCUGGUGCAAAUGUUUCAAUAGCUGAAGCUUUGAUGGCCCCAACUGUUAUUUAUGUUAAAAAGGUUCUUGACUUAGUUAGCAGGGGAGGGGUUAAGGGAAUUGCUCACAUUACUGGUGGUGGCUUCACAGAUAACAUUCCUAGGGUGUUUCCUGAAGGUCUUGGUGCCAAUAUAUACAAGGACUCAUGGGAAGUUCUUCCAGUGUUCAAAUGGCUUCAGAAGGCUGGGAAUAUAGAAGACAGCGAGAUGAGGCGAACGUUUAAUAUGGGCAUAGGAAUGGUGCUUGUUGUGAGUCCUGAGGCAUCAAUUCAAAUACUUGAAAAUAGGGACGAAUCAGACAAAAUCUUCAAAAUCGGUGAGGUUAUAAGAGGCAAGGGAGUGACCUUUAGUUAACUCAAGUAUUUUGACUAUAAAUAUAUGUAACCUUUUAAAUACAUUUCCCUGACACAAAUUUCACAUUUUCGAUUCAGUUUUCUCUGCAAAAAUGUUCCUGAGUUAGCGACAUUUUUUAUGAUGCAAUAAUAAUUGAGUUGCUCGUGAAAA